AUGAGCCAAUUGUCCAGGCCAGGCCAAAGGGAAGAACCUUGUACUGUAAGCCUUUCCCCCAAAGGCGAACCUGAGGAACUUCCUGUGAUGCCGAGCAACCUGAAUAUGAAAAUAGGCAUCCUUCAGGUCAACAGUGACAAACCAGUCUCCUGCACAAAUUCUAUCAAAAAGAAACAGCAAGAUGUUGUCGGGUUUCUUGAGGCACUUAAAAUCGAUUACGCACAGCUUGACAUUGCUUCAAAUGAGGACAACCGGAGGUGGAUGAGGGAAAAUGUCCCUGGAGAAAAGAAGCCCACCAAUGGAAUUCCUCUUCCUCCACAGAUUUUCAAUGAGGCGAUGUAUUGUGGGGACUACGAAACAUUCUUUGAAGCCAAAGAGGACAACACAGUCUAUGAAUUUUUGGGUCUGACACCUCCACCAGGAUCUAAGAAAAAAGAAAUCGUAGAGACUGAGCAGAAUGGAGAUGCACACAUAGCAGAGCUGGAAGAAGAUGAUCCAGGCAAGAAGGCAGAGACAGAUGCUCGAGAUGAUAUCGCAGAAGAGGACGAAGAGAGUAGAAAACCAGCUGAGGAGGAAGAGCAGGAGGAAGGAGAAGAGGACAGGGAGGAAGAGGAGCAAGCCUCAGAGGAAGACUAGUGUCCUGAAGCAGAGGAUUUUGGACCCGGAUUUUCCCACACAGCUUGAAGUGACACCCCACUUGCCCUGGAGUCAUCAAAAAUCGCCCACAAAUACCUUCACCGCAGCUUUGCCAAAGCCAAAUGUGACACCACUGCACUGGACAAUAUGCACUCAGGACUCCAGCUUCAAACCACCCCCCCUGAUAAAUGUGCCUUUUUGAGGUUGCAAAAUGCCUUUUUACGCUAGAGUUGCUUCAGCUUAAGUGGCGAGUUUCAAGUGAAUUUAAAGGGAUGUCUUUUUUCCUUACUGUACAUAUAGAAAAUAGCUUAUUCUACGACUUUUAAACUAACAUUCAGACUUUGUUCUGUAGACUCCCAAAUAGUUGUGCCAAACCACUCAAAUGUGCCAAACUAAUACUUACAAAUACCUCUCUGUGUGUCUUAUGUUGUGAAGUACACUACCAGUCAUAUUUUGGACACACUUUGCUACAAUGCUAAA